AUGGUUGUAGCUAAAGUUUAUAAAUACCAAUAUAAAUUCAGAGGUUUUCCUAAAUAUACUGACUUGAAAAUAACCGAAGAGGAGCUGCCAGAAAUACAAGAUGGAGAAUAUUUGGCUCAAGCGGUUUACCUCAGCAUUGAUCCUUACAUGAGGGCAUAUGCAAACUCAUUGCCCGUUGGAUCAACUAUGAUUGGCACGCAAAUAGCUAUAAUAAUCGAGAGCAAAAACCCAAAUUUUCCUGUUGGCAAAUACGUACUAGGAGACUUCGGUUGGAGAACUCACACCAUUUCCAAUGGUAAAUUGGAAAACGAAAAGAUACCGCAACACAUCUUACCGCAACACGACAACAUACCUCUCUCAUACCACCUAGGAAUUCUAGGUCUUGUAGGAUAUACGGCCUAUUUCGGUUUGCUAAAUAUUUGCAAACCCAAAGAAGGGGAAACGGUCGUCGUAUCUGGAGCAGCUGGAGGUGUCGGUUCAUUAGUUGGACAAAUAGCGAAAAUUUUAGGUUGUACGGUCAUCGGUAUAGCGGGAUCGGAUGAAAAGGGUAAAUGGCUGACGGGGGAGCUGGGAUUCGAUCAUUUUAUUAAUUACAAAACUGACGACGUCAAAAAGGCACUGACGAUUGCCGCUCCUAAUGGUGUAGACUGCUAUUUUGAUAACGUUGGUGGUGAUGUCAGUUCUAAAGUGAUUUACCAGAUGAACGAAUUUGGACGUAUAGCAGUAUGUGGAUGCAUUUCCAAUUAUAACAGCAUAAAUGAACCUGAAGAUGUUCUUCUUCAAUUUCCAAUAACCUUCAAACAAUUACGGAUGGAAGGAUUCGUCAUAUCGAGAUGGGCCGACAGCUUCGCCGAAGCUAGUCUUCAAUUGCUUGAAUGGAUCAAAGAAGGAAAAUUGAAAUGCCGCGAAACCGUUACCGAAGGUUUCGAAAAUACUUUUGAAGCGUUCAAAGAAAUGUUGAAAGGGAGAAACGUCGGCAAAGCCAUUGUGAAAUUUUAG